AUGGGGGCUGAUGGCACUGACCAGAAGAUCAGGAUGCUGAACAUACAGAACGCCGCUUGGGGCAGCCGACAGGAUUGGUACCAAGACAGUCUAGUGACCGGGCAGCCCAGUACAGAUAGCUGUCAGCAGCUGGACAACAGCCUAGACUCAGAACAUCAGACUGGGGCAGUGAAUGAUGACCUGGAUGACUCCCAGAUCCGACUACAGUUGAAACGUAAACUCCAACGCAACCGCACAUCUUUCACUCAGGAGCAGAUUGAGGCACUAGAAAAAGAAUUUGAACGGACGCACUACCCCGAUGUCUUUGCCAGGGAAAGAUUAGCAGCAAAGAUCGACCUGCCUGAAGCUCGCAUCCAGGUCUGGUUCUCUAACCGGCGAGCCAAAUGGAGACGAGAAGAAAAAUUACGUAACCAGAGGCGCCAGGCGAGCAGCACGUCCAGCCAUCUUUCUAUCAACAGUUCUUUCUCCAACAGUCUUUACCAGUCCAUACCGCAACACAGCAAAUCUCCAAAUUUGUUUGUCACAGGAUCUAUGCUAAGCCGAAGUGAAGCAGCUAUAACCAACAGCUAUGGUUCCUUGCCACCUCUACCAAGCUUUACCAUGCCAAAUAACCUCCCCAUGCAGCCAGUGGCAAGCCAGACCUCAUCCUAUUCUUGUAUGAUACCACCAAGUCCCUCAGUCCGCAGUUAUGAUGCCUAUACUCCUACUCAGCUUCAGACGCACAUGAAUAACCAGAGCCUGGGAUCCAGCGCUGGGGGUUCUACAGGUCUAAUCUCUCCAGGAGUUUCUGUUCCUGUACAAGUACCAGGAGGAGACCCAGAUCUCAGCCAGUACUGGCCCAGACUCCAGUGA